AUGUCAAAGGUAGUCAAUGGGAUGAGUGUGCCACAAUUGUCCGAAAAUACCAAUUACGACUAUUGGUCUUUGGAGAUGAAGAUUCUUCUUGGAUCCCAAGAUGUAUGGGACAUAGUGGAGGAUGGGUACAAUGAACCCGCAAAUGAUGAGCAUCAGACAGUGAACCAGAUUGUUGAUGAAUCUGGAUUCGAGAAAAUAGCUAAUGCAAAGUCAACAAAAGAAUCAUGGGAAAUUCUGAAGGUGGCAUACAAAGGAGAUACCCGCGUGAUGCAGGUCCGAGUACAAGCUCUCAGAAGAGAGUAUGAACAUAUGGAGAUGGAUGAAAAUGAGGGAGUUGCCGAGUUUAUAACUCGAGUGCAGAAGAUGGCCAUCCAACUCGAAAUGAACGGAGGAGAGGUUCCUCCUAACCGGGUUGCGGAAAAGAUCUUGAGAAAUUUAAGAGAUGAUUUUGAAAGUGUCAUGGUCACUAUUGAACAGACAAAGGAUUUUCAACUCUCACUAGCCGAGGUCCUAGCGGUAGAUGGCGAGGAGGCCGAGGACGAGGUGGACGUGGCCGAGGUAAUUUUGAGAAUGAUGAUGAAGAGCAAACCGGUCAGCAGAAUUGGCAUGACCGAGGACAAGGGAAAGGCCGAGGAGAUAGGUCAGGAAUUGAAUGUUUUAAGUGUGGCAAAUAAAAAUAAGGAAGAAGAAGAUGAAGAAGAGAUGAAGGCUGAUGAGAUUUCUACCAACUCGGUAUGGUAUCUAGAUACUGGGACAAAUAAUCAUAUGUGUGGAAACGAGAACUUUUUUGAUAAACUCACUAAGGUGGAGGUCAAAUUUAUGUCUUUCGAAGAUGACUCCAAGGUGACCGUGAAAGGGCAUGGAACAAUCCGACAUAUGCAUAAGAAUGGACGAGUUGGAGAGAUUAGGAAUGUUUACUAUAUUUCGGAGCUGAAGAACAAUAUUUUAAGCAUGGGUCAGAUAAUUGAAAAAGGUAAUUCAGUUUUUAUGAAGGACCAGGUAUUGUAUUUAAAGGAUAAGCAUGGUCGUCUAAUAACCCAGGUAAAAGCAAAGAAGAAGCGGUUGUAUGAACUGGAGCUGAAAAUCUUGGAGAGAAGAUGCAAACCCGGAGUGGGAUGA